GAAUGAUACAACAGUGACUUCUACAGUACAAUUGGACCUCAUUACAUCACGGGGUAUUCUUUUCGCUGACUUAAUGGUUAAUAGACGAGAAAUCUCCCCGUAUUUGAGAACUUCCCCCACCCUGUAACCGCAAACGAACCACAAAAAUAAUUUCCCAUAACUUCCAAGCAAUGUAUUUAUAACGGCAGUUUCUCCUUUAGGAUGAACGUUGCUGUGACAGAAAUUACAGUAUCAUAACAAUAGUUACUUACAAGUACAAUUAAUAGUAUAAGUACAAGUACGACAAAUACUUACAAGUAUAAUUCAUAGUUGAUAAUGGUUACUACCACCAAAUUAGAUAAACUGAAUAUCUUUCUUCCCGAAUACAGAGGUAGAUUAACAGAAGGUAUUACCUACGAUGGAAGAACCAAUAAGUUGUUAUGGGUUGAUAUUAUAGUAGGAGAAGUUCAUCGUGUAGAUUUAGACUCUCCUAGUUCUAGUCAUGAGGUGCUUAAAUGGGGAUCUGAAGAAGAAUCUAUUGGAGCUAUCGCAUUAACAUCCAACCCAGAUAUAGUCCUUGUGUGUGGGAAAUAUGGUGUUGCAAAGGGUGAUUUCCAACAUAAGCUGAUUGAAUACUUUUUGAAGUAUCCAGUAACCGAAUCUGAGUCGAAAAGAUUAAGAUCCAAUGAUGGAAUUAUCGAUCCAUGGGGUAAUCUCUGGAUCGGAUUAAUGAAUGAUUUCCCUAUUACUAAAGCAGAAGGAGUAAAACCAGAAGGAUAUUUGUAUAGAAUUAAUUAUAAAGAUCUUACUGUAGAUACUAUGCUUGAUAAGACAUUAAUUGCCAAUGGAUUGGCAUUUUCUGAAGAUGGAAAGACAUUAUAUUGGACUGAUUCAUUAACAUUUACCAUCUGGAAAUUUGACUAUGAUUACAAGACAAAUUCUUUAACCAAUAAAAGAAGUCAUGUUAAUAUUAAAAAUGUAUUCCCAGAAUUCGAAAGUCCUGAACCAGAUGGACUAACCAUGACUAAAAAUGAAGAAAUCUUUUCUGCUGUAUUCAGUACUAAUUCAGUUAUUCAUGUGAAUAAUCAAGGUGAAUUAUUAGAAAAAUUUGAAAUCCCAGCUGAGAAAAUCACCUGUGUUAUUAGUGGUGGUAAGAACAAUGACGAAUUAUAUGUUACAACAGGACAUAUAGAAUUGUUAGAUAGCACAGCAACAAUAAGCGCUGAAGAUUUACAAGGAGAUUUAGGCGGAUUUUUAUUCAAAAUCAAAUUACCAAAGUCAAUUAAUGGCCAAGCAAAGAAUAUUUGGGGUGGUCAAGUGUGAAAUAAAGUUGAUGUAUAAUUAAAAGUAAGAAUAUAUGG